CACCCACAUUGAGCACCACCAAAUGUUAUCUACAACGGAUAGGAUAGGAAUAGCAAAACUGUCACUCUAAAUUCUGUCUUCGCCGGAAAAUGGCUUCAGCGUUCCUCACAACCGCCACAACCCCAACUUCUCUUUCCUUCGCCUCAUCCUCCAUUUUCCUCUCUUCUCACCAAUUCCACAUUCACAAAUUCAACUUUCCAAUUCUACCCCUCACCUCCGCCACCACCUCCCUCUCAAUCUCCUGCAAGGCUUCUCCCAUUCCCGUUCUUAAUUUCUCCGGCGAGAAGGUCGGCGAGUCCUUCCUCGACCUCCGCUCCGCGCCGCCUUCAACUGCACGCGCCGUAGUCCACCGUGCCGUCGUAACUGACCUCCAGAACAAGCGCCGUGGCACGGCCUCCACGCUCACGCGCGCCGAGGUCAGCGGCGGCGGUCGGAAACCCUACCCGCAGAAGAAGACUGGUCGCGCGCGCCGCGGCUCCAACCGGACACCGCUCCGGCCUGGUGGAGGCGUCAUAUUCGGGCCCAAGCCUCGUGACUGGAGCGUGAAGAUCAACCGCAAGGAGAAGCGGCUUGCGAUCUCCACCGCGGUGGCCAGUGCCGCCUCGAGCGCCGUCGUUGUGGAGGACUUCGCGGCGGAGUUCGCGGAAAAGCCGAGGACGAGAGAGUUCAUAGCGGCGAUGAAGCGGUGGGGGCUGGACCCGAAGGAGAAGGCGAUGUUCCUGAUGACGGAGGUGCCGGAGAACGUGAGGCUGUCGAGCAGGAACAUUGGGACGCUGAAGAUGCACACGCCGAGGACGCUGAAUUUGUUCGACAUUCUGGACGCGGAUAAGCUCGUGCUCACGCAGGAUGCGGUGGAUUAUUUGAACCAGAGGUAUGGGGCUGAUUACUUGGGAAGUGAUGAUGAAGAUGAAGAAGAAGAAGAUGAUUAUGAGGGUGAUGAAGAAGGUGUGGUGGAUGGUGAAGAAGGAACUGCUACAGAGGAUAGUGAUGUGGUGAAUUGAGGAUUUAAAGUCUUGUUUGUGUCAUUUUAUAGAGGAAAUUGCUGAUACGGGGAAUUGAAGGUCUAAAGUGUUAUUUGUACUAAUUUAUAUGUCUCUUCCCUUUCCAUCUCGUUGGGAUCCUUUAUCCUGGUAAUGUUAGCAUGUAAGGAUAUUUUCUUUUGCCCUAUUUAUAAUCAAUUGUUUUGUAUAA